AUGAAGAUGAAUGUGCUCAUCCCGGACCAAUUUGUGGCUCAAGAGCAAAUUGUUUCAACACCCAUGGCAGUUUCUACUGCCAGUUCUUCUCCUAAAGCAAAAAAAUUUUAUCGCACUGACAACGUCUCAUGCAUAGAUCAAGAUGAAUGUAAAGAUGAAAAUGUUUGUGGUUCAAAUGCAACCUGCAUAAACACACAAGGCAGUUAUAACUGCACCUGCAAUGCUGGUUACUUACCUAAAUCUGGAAAUAUGACCAUUAUUGGAAAGAGACAGCAAUGUGAAGAUAUAUGUAAGACUGAUGAAACAAUCUGUGGAAAUGGAACAUGCCACCAAGGGACCAGUGGUCAUUAUUGUGCAUGCUCUGCAGGGUUUACUAACUACGGCAACAACAAAUCUCGUUGUUCUGAACUGGACUGUGGCAUUUUCAGAGAUGUCAAUAAUCUAGCAGAGAAUUUUCACAUUGUACAUGAUGGUGUGAAGCUACUGAGUAAACGCUGCCUAAAACUCAUGGAGAAUGCGGAUGUAGAAGACCUUAAUGGAGAAGGCUUACUAGAGAGCCUGCUCUCCAUAAUUGACCAAAUUUUAUCGACUGGGUUUCUCACUAGUAGCAGGAAAGUCUCCAGCUUUUUUGACUUGGUGGAACAAAGUCUAAGGUUCAUAGGACCUUUUAUUAAACCACCAGGAACUAAUAGAUCCACCAAACAAACAGAAAUACAGCUUUUGGUGUACACUGGGUCGACUGUUCCCCGAGGAUUAAAGACUUUACAAUCUAAGCAUGCUAAACUGGACAUCAUGUUGGAGGAAGCGGCAGGAGAUAUCUCAUCUUACCCAGGACAUACAACAGUUUCCUUGCUGAGCUAUUUAAACCUGGAAGAAACUGCAAAUGGUUAUUUUAGUGGAAUGGAAAAGACUGAAAACCAAAGAUUUAAAGUGAACUCAAAAGUGGUGACUGUCACUGUCAGUAAUAGAGACACAACACACCUUAAAGAACCAGUCAAUAUAACUUUGCACCACCUUGAUCAGUCAAAUCAAACUUCACACACCUGUGUGUUCUGGGAUUCCUCAAAGGACGGAGAUUCAUGGUCAUCUCGUGGCUGCAGCAUGGUGGAAUCUAACUCUGAAUAUACUGUGUGCUCCUGUAACCACCUGAGCAGCUUCGCUGUGCUCAUGGCUCUCUAUGACGUAGAGGGCCAUUUUGAGUUGCAUGCGAUCUCCUGGAUAGGACUCUCCCUUUCACUGAUUUGCUUGUUUUUCUGCAUCCUGACAUUUUCAAUGAUCCGGUCCAUUAAAAGCCCAAGAACAACCAUUCACCUGCACCUCUGCAUCAGCCUCUUUACUGCAACCCUUAUCUUUCUCGUAGGGAUCUCUCAGACAACAAAUAAGAUUGGCUGUGCAGUAGUGGCAGGGAUGCUGCACUUCUUCUACCUGGCUACAUUCUGCUGGAUGUGUCUGGAGGGAAUCCAGCUCUUUAGGAUGGUGGUCCUCGUCUUCAACACCAACUUUAAAACUAUCUACAUGAUGGCAGGAGGCUACGGAGUCCCAGCUGUAAUUGUUGGCAUCACUGCUUUGGUGAAUGCAGAUGGAUAUGGAACUAAGAAAUAUUGCUGGCUAAAUUUGGAUUCCAUUUGGAGUUUCUUUGGACCUGCCUGUGUUAUCAUUAUUGUAAACAUUUUCUUCUUUCUCAUUACCGUGUGGAAAUUAGCUCAGAAGUUUUCAAGUUUAAACCCGGACCUGGACAGCUUGCAUAAAAUCAAGGCUUUCACCAUUACUGCAGUGGCUCAGCUCUGUGUGCUCGGCACCAUGUGGAUCUUUGGCUGUUUCCAGUUUGAGAAGGGCACAAUAGUCAUGUCUUAUCUGUUCACUAUUUUGGGGAGCCUGCAAGGUGUCAUGCUCUUUGUCAUGCACUGUCUUUUUUCAAAGCAGGUGAGGGAGGAGUAUGAAAACAUUCUUUCUCGUUUAUGCACACCUCAGAAGAGAGCAUACUCCGAGUUCAACUUCUCACAUUCAAGUAAAGCUAAUGCAUCAAGAAGUACCCAGGACACAGGAGAGUCUCACAUCUAAUAUACCAGAAGCAGAAUGUGCCUAUUAAAGCUUUAUGGCCUAUCUUUACACCUUACAUGCUUCAUUUUUAUGCCAAUACUUA